UUCUAUACCCCAAUAUUGCCGUGUUCACAACAGAAGCGAGCAACUAAAAAGAACAGACACUCAUCGUUAGCAGAUUUUGAGUGGAUUUCUGUGAGCAGGACCACUGCGAACCAGCCAUGGAAGAACUUACGGCGUUCGUCUCGAAAUCUUUCGAUCAAAAAACCAAGGAGAGCACCAAGGAGAGUAUCACAUACAGGGAAGUUUUGGAGAGUGGCUUGGCGAGAGCGAGGGAGCUAGGAAACUCGGAGACGAACCUCGCGGACAUUACUGAAACAAGCAACCACUGUCCAGUACAUCUGUUCAAGGACCACGUAGAGCUUGAAAAGGAAAAGCUGAAGGAGUUUACUGUUACAAGGGCUUCCGAAGGAAUCUACGAGUGCAAAGAAAAGAAGGAGGAUGUCAAGUCGGAGGACGAGGACGCACAGGGCAAGCUGAAGCAGAGACGGAGUCGGACGAAUUUCACGCUGGAGCAACUGAACGAGCUGGAGAGGCUAUUCGACGAGACGCACUACCCGGACGCCUUCAUGCGGGAAGAGCUCAGCCAGAGACUCGGCCUGUCGGAGGCCCGUGUACAGGUAUGGUUUCAAAACAGGCGAGCGAAGUGUCGAAAACAAGAAAACCAGAUGCACAAAGGCGUUAUUUUGGGAACGGCAAGUCACUUGGAAGCCUGCAGAGUCGCGCCAUACGUCAACAUGGGGGCCCUCAGGAUGCCAUUCCAGCAGGUCCAAGCGCAGCUGCAGCUGGAGGGCGUGGCCCACUCGCACCCGCACCUGCACCCCCACCUGGCGGCGCACGCCCCCUACCUGAUGUUCCCGCCGCCGCCCUUCGGACUGCCCAUCGCCUCGCUGGCGGACUCGGCCUCGGCCGCGGCGGCAGUGGCGGCCGCUAAGAGCAACAGCAAGAACUCCAGCAUCGCCGACCUCCGACUCAAGGCAGGACUUCUUGGAGGCCAGUGGCUCAACCCUUUCCAGUCUCACAUCACAACCCCGGGACCGUACAAACAUCUCUGGAUGUCUGUCUGAACUGAACAAACCUGCAUUUAAAGAGAUGAGAAGACUUUUUUGUAAAAAAAAAAAACAAACAAACAACAAAAGCAAAAUGAAAACAAAAAAAAUCCAAAAAGCGAAACGGAACAGAACGAGAUGAGGGGACACAAAACUUUUGGGUAGGGCAAAGACAAAAAAACUCACACAAAACGAGCAAACAAACGUAACAAGCCGGGACGACUGAAAAGCGAGAGUGUUUUGAGCUCAGACUGUGUGUUUGUGUGUUUAUUGGCAAGACUCUGGAUGUGUCUGGAUGCCCUUAACUUACACAUGACAAAACAACACAUACAGUAUACGCUCACAGCACACACUCAGAACAGACACACACACACACACACACACACACACACUGACACACACACACACACACACACACACACACACACACACACACACACACACACACACACACACACACACACACACACACACACACACGGGCCUCCAUGCUUGUCCACCUCCAGCCACUGUGUUCUUUGUCACUGCUCACGGUUCAGUGCAUGUGCCCAGCUGAAGGAGAGCAGCGUUAAGGGGCUGGCCUCCCCUCCAACUCAGAUUUUGCCCUUCUUCCCUUUUCUUCUUCUACUUCUUCUUCUUCUCCUCCUUCUCUUCUUCCUCUUCUUAUUGGUUUGAUCACUGCCAUGACUCUUUCCCACUAUAUUUCUCAUCUUAGUGCAAAUGAUGUUAGCCACCUAUUUUUUGCUUUUGUCUUUUCUUUGGGUUGUUUUGUUUUGCUGUGGACAGAGCUAGGAAGCAGCAAUAACAACAUGUGUAAAGAAAAAAAAGACAAAAACACAAAAAAACUAAAAUGUUAGUUUUUUGGGGUAAGUUAUUGUUAUUAUAUUGUUAUAUUUCUGAUGAUUUUUUUUGUUUGUUUGGGAACGUUUUUAUUGCUGUAUUUUUUCUUCUGGUCAUGUCUGGAAGAGCUUUGCUUUUCUUUUUUUUUCUCCUCGUGAGUCUCCUUUUUCUCUUGGCUGUUUUCUCUCUUGCCUUCUCUUUUUCGUUGGUUUAACUAUACUGUGUCCGGGGAAUAGAAGUGAUGAUAGCCUUUGCACUUCAGGUCUUGUUUAAGGAGUUUACAAUCCGCACUGCAAGAAGAUACUACUUCUUAAA